GUAGUAAAGAGUGCUGAACUGGGAACUUAUUUUAUUUUACAACCAAAUCAAAAUGUUUAUUGCCAUAUAUGCUGUUCUCUUCUCUUUGGCCACAGAAGCUGUUCUGGGACUGACAGUGGAGCAAAAAGAGCUCUCCAUGACAAAAGAGGAGGGCAAAAGUGUGUACAUCAGCUGCAAAGUGACCGGGUUAGCCACGAACAAUUAUCUCCACUGGUACCAAAAGAAAGACGGCGAAGGUCUCAGAAGGAUCCUGUAUGUCGGCAGUGGAAGCAAACCUGUUCUUGAUAAUAACCAUCCUGAAGCAAAGGACUUCGACGUGAGGAUACAGUCUGAUAAUUAUGCUCUGAAGAUAGCAGAACUGAAGACAAGCCACACAGCAGUUUAUUACUGCGCCAGCUGGGAUGGCUCCGGAGACUGGGUGAAGGUUUUCAGUUCAGGAACAAAACUUUAUGUAACAGAUAACAGUACACCUCAGCAGGCUCAAGCGCCUAAAGUGGAGGUGUAUCCAAUGUCGAGGCCACAAUCAGGAAAGUCUGUUCUACUGUGCCAGGCGAGAGAAAUGUUCCCAGACCUGGUGAAAUUCAAGUGGGAAGCAGGAAACGUGGACUUGACUGGUAAUGAGAAGCUGGAGCAAAGAGAAAGUACUGGAGGAGUCCAAAUAACCAGCAUGCUCAUCGUAGACGAAGACAAAGCCAGCAAAAACACUUUCACCUGCACUGUUGAACAUGAAACGGGCCCUCUGACAAAGACAAUUGAAAUUCCAAAAGCCUCCACCUCUACCGAAAACUGUCCAACUCCAAAAGUAGAAGAUGAUGUGCAAGAGGAUCCUGAUGAGUCUGUGCUCAGCCGCAGUCAGUACCUGUUCAGUGUGACGUAUACGAUGUUGCUGGUGAAAAACGUGUUGUAUUUCUGCACAAUUUCUGUCUUACUGUGCAAGAGAAAACCUGCGACCAUGGAGGUGAUCCGAGGCAAAGUUCGCUGAUCAGUCCGUCAGCCAAACAGCACAACUCAACACACCGACUUCUUUCAGAAUUUUUAUUUUAUAUAUAUAUAUAUAUAUAUAUAUAUAUAUAUAUAUAUAUAUAUAUAUGUAUAUGUGUGUGUGUGUGUGUGUGUGUGUGUGAGAAUGGGUGCAAUCACUUGACAAUCCUUUUGCCAUCAAUAUAGUUUUAUUGUGUGUUUUUUUUAAUUUGUAUGUUUAAAUAAGUUGAAGAUUCUACUCAUUUAAAUUAUAUAUACAAUACUGUGCCAAA